CUCCUGGGAAACAAACCAGUAUCAGUAGUAACAUCAUUCACCACCAUCCUCCAUCACGAAAUCGCAUUCAACAACCGAAGAGCUCCUUGACCACAGCCUCUAAACAACCUACGCAAUGUCUUCCGGCCUCACCUACCUUAUCACCGGCGCAAACCGCGGCCUCGGCCUCGGCCUCGUGUCCCUCUUGGUCCAGCGCCCCGCCACGACCAUUGUCGCCGGCGUCCGCGACCCGUCGAGCGCGUCCUCCAAGGCCCUCGCCGACCUCCCCAAGGGCGAGGGCUCCAGGGUCGUUGUCGUCAAGAUGGACAUCUCGGUCGAGUCCGACCCGGCGUCGGCCAUCGCGACCCUCCAGAGGGAGCACGGCAUCACCGCCCUCGACGUGGUCAUCGCCAACGCCGGCAUCUCCUACGGCGCCGCCAGGGUGGCGGACGUGGACUUCAAGACGGCGCUGGACCACUUCGCCGUCAACUCGGUCGCGCCGGCGGUGCUCUUCAAGGCGGCGGGGCCGCUGCUCAAGGCCAGCGCGAGCGGCAACCCCGUCUUCGUCGGCAUGUCCUCGCUGAUGGGGAGCAACGGCGCGGCCGGGGCCAUCGCGCGGAUGCCCGUGAGCGUCAGCCCGUACGGCGCCAGCAAGGCGGCCCUGGGCUGGUUCGUGCGGAGGCUCAGCUUCGAGGAGCCGUGGCUGACGGCCUUCGUGUUCCACCCGGGCCUGGUGGAGACGGACAUGGCGUUCGAGAUGGCGGGCAAGUUCGACGCCGACAUCAAGGCCUUCGGCUCCAUCACCGUCAAGCAGAGCGUGGAGGGCAUGGUGGCCACCAUCGACAAGGCGAACAAGGAGAUUACCGGCUCGUUCAAGAACUAUGACGGCACUGAUCUGCCUUGGUGAUCUGGAAGUCGUUGAGUGUUGGGGGGUUAUCGACUCACUAUAGGCUUGUCAAGCUUAAUAUGUUUAAUACUAUUCCACAUACGCCACAACAGAACCGG